AUGGCUUGUGUAGCUGUUCAUUCGCAUUUACUCUAUGGAUUACUUAUUAUUUACAUGAUGAUAGUCCUAUGUCUUCUUUCAUCGCAAUUGUAUGAUGUGAGACCGAAGAAGGCGCCAAUUAGUAAUGGUACUGAAAAAGCAGCUGUAGAUAUAGAAAGUUUCAAGGUGCUCAUGUCCAUAAUUGUCCACGCUAUUUGCGUAGUAUGUUUAGCCGUUUGUCUGAUAGCCAGCAAUGUUGUAUCGUGCACCAGGUUUUUGCCUCCUGUAGUGGUUACCACGAUCCUGGUAUUCACACUAAUUUUCAACAUGGCAGGAUGUGCAUGCCUAUGGCUUCACAAUGCGCCAAAUUUUCCAGGUGGUUAUUCGCGGGCCAUUAGAGCUGCUGCUCUAAUGUCUACGGUUGGUAUUGUGUAUACGUUGGGUGUUGUGGUGUUCUUCUGCGUACUUCCUGGAACACCAAAGGAGACGGUACAGUCGAAAUCGGCAGAAGCAAUGCCUCAUAAGGAAGAAAAGGAUAAAAUAAAGGACAAAAAAGACAAGAAGGCGCCCAAUAGGGAUGCUGCAAAUAAAAAGAAAGCAAGCAAAGAAGGUGGAACAAAAGCUUCACAAUCCAAACCUGCGCUGUCAGGAUCCAAGGAAAACCUUCCCAGUCAAGCAAAAGAAAAUGUUGCGGCACCGCCGCCUCAACCAGCUCAAGAAGGAUCACAGGAUGCAAACAAGCAGCAACAAGCAUCUCCAGAAGCAAAGGAAGAAAAACAAAGCGCAGACGUCCAAAAUCCAUCUGCUGAGCCAGAAGGAGGGGAAGCAGCAGAUAAAAUGAAGGGGGGAGUUGAUUCGAAAGAAAAAGAUAGUUCUGCGAUGGGGAAAGCUGAUGAGGGAAAGGAUACAAAAGCAGCGGCAGAGGCAAAAGAUCAACCUGCAGCUCCGAACUGA